GGGGUUGCAAUGCGGGAGAAGACGCAACUAGCAGUUUCGAGCGGUUUCUCUCCGGUCAGAGUGUACUCGCUGCUGGAGCAGCGUGGUAACGUCUACGUUCAGGUCGCGUUUUAUUCCCGAGAAACAAUAGAACUGCACCUACGUGUAAGAAACAUUACUCCGGCGACGCAACUUAACGAAAGAAGGAAGGAUAAGCGUAGAAAGAAAAUCGAAGAAGAAGAAGAAGAAGAAGAAGAAAAAGAAGAAAAAUAGAAAGAAGAGGAAAAAAAAGAAGACGAGAAAAGUGAAUCGAGAGAAAGGAGCAGGGAGGAGCGCUCGCGCGCUCCCUCAGCCGACGACAUAAGGUGCCGGUCUCGGGAUAGAGGGCGAGGGUGGCUCGUAGCAGAAGCAAGAAGAGGAAGAGGAAGAGGAAGAAGUGGGGGAGGAGACGGGCGAAGGGAAAGGAUGUCGAUGCGCCAGCGGUGCUCGGUUUCGGGGGUUGACUCGCGCCGCGGGGGCGAUGAGCGCAUUUCCCUCCGCCCUGAGAUUUCCAACCCGCUUCUCCUGCCGUUCCUGGCUCCUGUUCAGCUGCAGCAUCGUCUUCCUGAUCUCGAGCCUGAUCACCGCCACCAUCGCCGAUCGCUCUCCCUCGAGGAAUCAUCCUCGAAUCUUUCGACGGCAGGUGGGAGGUGAUGACGUGCACGGAUCAUCAAGCUACCUCGACGACCACGUCGCCGUCUACGACGACGGCGAGAUACUCGACGACCUGGACGACGACUACUUUGAGGCGAAUAUUACCGCAGAAAAGGGCCAGUAUCUGGGCUCGCCGUGCGAACUUACGUGCAAUCCGGAUCUACAGCACGUGAUCUGCGAUUCCAUCACUGGCUCGUGCGAGUGUGAAAAAUUCUACCCCGUUCGUCUUGGGCCUAACAAAGGAUGUGCCAAACCGAAAAGACUCGGAGAGCAGUGUUUCUACCGUGCAACUUGCACUUUUACGGAUCAACACUCGACCUGUACACAGGUGCAGCACAAUGCGGUGUGCGACUGCGAGGAAGGCUAUCACAGGGUCACCUUGUCCAGACCAACAAAGAAGGUCUUCUGCGCCGAAGAUCUCGUGCUGAUAACUACAGACAUACCGACACUACUCUGCAUAGCAUCCGGCAUAGCUGUGUUCACGGGCAUGAUAUGUUUUGUCCUGAAACUAUUCAGCCGUGCGAGAUAUUCAAGGCCACGACACUAUGCCAACGCGAAUCAUGCACCACCUAUGCUAUUCUCUAGCGAUACAGGUAUACCUCUGACGCUACAUGGUGGCAGGCCAUCCUCGCGUUCGAGCCAGAGAAGUGGAGGUGGCGGAUCACUAAGCUGCGCGUUCACCAGGAGGCCUAGCAGUGGUGGUAGUCGCGGUCCGCUGGUACCGGCAUCGAGAGCAGGUGCGGCACGAGCCGCCGCCAUCUUGCUUAUAUCGUGUCACCUGCAGGCGACCAAAGGCGGGAACAAGCACCGACGUACCCUUAGUGACGUAGCUGAGGGAUCGUCCGACGGCCUCGGUUCCCGUCGACCUAGCUUAGCAUCGGUUCACAGUUCAACGUCCUCAGCCCGUAGUUAUAGUGCACGUAGGCUGGAAAAGGAACGGAACGAAAAAGAGCAACGACAGGCUCUUCAGGAGCUGAGGUUACAAAAACAACGGGAACAACAGCAGCAACAGCAACAACAACAACAACAGCAACAACAGCAACAACAACAGCAACAACAAGUAGCGCCCACACCAAGUCCUAGGACUCCUCAUUCUACGGACGAACUUUUGCCGUCAGUCGAAGAGGGUAAAGAAGUAUUUUACAACGAGCAGGUACCGACAACAUCGGAGUCACCGGAGACUAUGAAAACAGCGCUAUCAACGACGAAAGCAGUGAUUACCAAUAGAAAAGUGGACGUUCCACCUGCCGCAAUCCCGACAACGUCCAUCUUCGACACAAACGUGGCGCCGCGCGCCUCCGUAGACAUUUUUCAAGUAUAGAUCGAGAUCGUGAGUCUUCUUCAUCGUGAUUCUUCGAAAUGAUCGAUACAUCUUCCGAUGUAAUUAGAAAAUCUAAUUAAGAAAAUCACGACUAAUUUAAAAAAGAAAAAAACAAUGUUCGUCGAGCUUCAUCUACGAACGCUCGAUUUAUUAAUAAUGCUUAACAAUAAUGCGGAACGAGCGUCGCCAUAAAAUGGAGUUUCAUGCUAAAAACGGCAUACCAAUAAGGCAACUUCAAGUAAUUAGCGUUUUAUUCCGAAUUAAAAAGAAGAAGAAGGUCUUAUGAGAGAUUAGAUCCUUUAAAGGAACGCGAUUAGUACGAUCUGUCGUUUUUGCAUCGGCACUAAUCUGUUUUUUUUCUAUCUUAUUAUUAUUGCAAUAUUAAUAAUAUAUGAUAAUUACCAUUAUCUAAGGAAUAGUAUUCUGAAGAAAACAACAAACAAAAAAGAUUACAUAUCCAUAAAUAUCCAUCUGUGGACGACGUGCGCUUUCGUUGUGAAAAAAAAAAGAUUUUUAUGGAAUCUUUGCGUGAUUGAUUAUUGAGCGAUCUCAUGCGUUCUUAAAUAACCCACACGAAACAAAAGAUAUAAUAUAGAUAUAUAUAUGCUUUUCAUAUACUACAUAAUAUAUAUUUAUUUAUAUUAUAUUAAUAACAUAUUUACAAUAUUUACAUGGAGUAUAUACAUAUACAUAUAUAUAAUAUAUCGACUUGUUCCGUAUGGGUAUAUCGUGGUUUAAUGGGCCAUGUAAGAACUGUAAGCCGUAUCAGUUAACGUUUCAGCUCCUCGUCGAUAAUUAAACGACAUAUCAAAGGGAAAAUAGCAUUUGAUGGACAAACGGUAACGAGGGAGGAUACUUGCAAAAUGAAUACCAUUUUGGGUACUCUUCUAAAAUCUUGCGUCGAUGGAAAGACGAUUGACAAGGCAUUUUUUCUUCUCUUUCUCGAAAAAUCGAGACUAAACUUGUCUUCUAAAAUCACUUAUCGUUAGAUAUUUAAUUGUUUGAAAACGAUUGGAUAGUGAUUCAUCACAACAUUAGUAUAAUUAAUGCAAUAUGGUUCAUGAAAUGUAUAAUGAAAAAGGAGAGCUUGAUCUAUUAGUAAAUCUCCUGAUCUCAUCACCUUACAUCGAAACGAUUGGAAGUACGAGAGAAAAUAUUUGAUAACAUUUGGUUCCUUUUAUUUUUAUGCUUUUAUUUUAUAUAUUUAUUAUUCAUCGAGAGACAGCGUAUCAAGGAAAUUGUUUCGAUAAAAGGGAUAAAAAUGAAGGUCUCUUUUUACAUUAGUUUAUGUCAACUAAUGAUACACCAAUCUCUUAAUUAUCAAGAGUCACGCAUUUACUCACAAUCCUGUACGAUCGUUCUACCAAUUUGUCAUUUCUCUCUAUCUGACUUUAUCUCACUCACUCUCUCUCUCUCUCUCUCUCUCCCUACCUCCCUCCCUCCCGCCCUCCCUUCUUCUCCCUCUCUUUCUCUCUUUCUCUCUUUCGUUCUCCCUUUCUACUUUUUUUCUUUUUUUAUCGAACAUAUUGCUAAUUAUUUAUUAAAACAAAAUAUCUUCUCCAAUCAUUUUUUUAUCGCGAUCGUCCUUCGUCUCUUCACAACUGCCAUCGUUUCAAAUAAAUCAGUCUAAGCAGCGUCGGCAUUGUAAAAAGCGAGUCUAUUCGUUCUUUGAAUCAUUUAAUAUAAAAGAAAAGAACGACGCGUAGGACCGAGGAAAUUAUUUCGCGAAAAAGAAAUCAAUUCGGGGUCGUCGCGAAGUGUAUAUCGACGCGUUCCGUGUUCGAAUAAUUUCACGCUGCCUUUUCCCUAUAAGAAUAAACAAAAAAAUAAACGAAGAAACGAAGAAGAGCCAUAUAUAUACGUACCAUCGGAAAGGAAUCCCUCGCAAAAUCCUUAGACCGCAAUUCAUACACUUCAAUCGCAGAGUCGAAUCUUCACAUAUAAUCCAUGUAAAAAAACAAAAAUACCAAAAAAAAAAGAAAAAAGCAAGAAAAAAGAAACAAAAGCAACAGGCACAAAAUUAUACAUAUAUGCGUGUUUGGCAACGAUCGCACUUAUAAAAGCAAAGAUUGAAAAAAAAGAAAAUGGGAAAAAAACCAAAAAGAAAAAAAGCAAAAUGUAAUAUUACCCGAUAGGUCCUCGUCGAUCGAUCGAGAGCUGCUAAUUAUUUAUUAAUGGAAGAUAAAAGAUAUUUAAGUGACAAAAAGAAGAAUAAGAAUAUAUUUCAGCCCGCAUAUCUCCAAAAGUACUUUAACUCGACUUGCCGCAUGAUUUGUAAAGGUCGAUGUACAACCAACACGUUAUCGUUUUAUCUCAUUUUAAAUGUUUACUGUAUAAUAAAAAUUGUAAUAUAGUCGUUGGGCAAAUAAAGCUCGUUUUUUCCAAUA